AUGUCCGAAGAAUUUAAAGCAAAAAUUGUUGGUGAUAAUUACGACAUAAAACGUCGCGAAGCUCUUAAAAAGAUUGAUAAUGCUAAAUUUGAUUUUGGAAAAAGUUCACUUCCAUCAGAUGUUGAUUUGGGUGUGAAAGUUGCAACACUUUUUGAUCCUCGUUUUUGGAAUAUUGGCAGAUGUCAUAGGUCACAAAAAGGUGAUGAAUUAUUUAAUUUCGGUAUUUGCAUUGGUGGAGACAACCCUCUUUCGGCAGGUGCUAUAAUAGCUGCCGUAUUUGCCGUGCAAGGUAUCGGGAUAUUGGCAGCAGCCAUCGUUUCAACUGUCACAAUAGUAGCAUUCCAGUCUACUAUUACACCAAAUGAUUAUUCACACUUUGAUUAUGUGUGGAGAAUUGUCACUGGAAUAGGAGCAAUCCCAGGAGUUGUUGCCCUUUAUUUCCGACUUAAAAUACCAGAAACACCUCGGUUUACUAUGGAUCUUGAACGUAAUGUCAAUCAGGCAGUUCAAGAUAUCGACACAGUAUUAAAAACAGGUUUAUACAAGCCUCGUGAACAAGAAGUCAUCGUUAAAGUUGAGGCACCAAAGGCUAGUUUUACAGAUUUCUUUGGACAUUCUGGUAAAUGGGAAAACGAAAAAGUUUUAUUUGGAACAGCUUUUACAUGGUUCGUACUUGAUAUAGCUUUUUGCGGUAUCACUCUAAAUAGCAAUAUUAUUUUAAACCAAAUUGAAUUCCUUGGAGAUGGUAAAGAUCCAUAUGAAACAUUAUUUAAAACAUCGGUUGGUAAUAUUAUCUUGGGGUCGACGCCCAAUCCAACUUAUGGAUUUGCCUGGCUUACAGCGUUAUUCAUAGUUCUUGGAUUUGGUUAUCUUGAAUACAUCUGA